AUGCAGAUUAACGCUCUUCAUAGUUACGAUCCUUAUGGUGACCAGGCGAUGCAGGAUGCCGCCGCAUGGAUGCCACAACGGAAAUGGAUUUCCAACAACCCCAUUUUCGAAACCACCAACACGUCUCUUUCCUGCAACACCCCCGGUACACCCGCUCGCGCAUAUAUACCCAUUCGCGCGGGCGAAAACAUAACUGCCGUGUACUCGUACUGGGUGCACACCGUCGGUCCUAUGAUAGCCUGGAUGGCAUACUGCGACAACGCCGAGAAUGACUGCAUGACCUUCGCUAGCGAUACGGCAGAUUGGUUCAAGAUCGGUGAGAAGGGGCUGUUGGAAGGAAGCAUCGAGACUGGGGAGUGGUACCAGAAGGCGUUCAAACCGCAAUUCUACCCUGAAUGCGCGCAUUUGGAAGUCACGAACGAUGAGGAGGAAGGCAAGUUUCCUAGCGAGGAGUAUAUGGUCAAGAUUCCAGGCGUGUGGAGUAUGGAUCAACCCGAGAUCAAUAUCGACAUUUAUAACCCCGAGGUCUCGGCAAAGACGGUAUACAACAUCCCGGGCCCACCCGUAUGGACUGGAAAGUCGCAGGUCGCCGUGUAA